GGUGCGUUUAGUUAUGAAACAUUUCGAGCGUUGCACUACACCGCGGUAGGUUGUCGGAGCUGGAGCAAAUCGUCGGCCAUCGACCGAACGAUGGUGUACUGGGCCUUGGGAACGGGGCUGCAGCUGUUGCUGCUGCUCCUCGUGCUCGGCGGUAGUGAACUCCAGGUUAAAGCGAAGGGUAGCCUCAUACUGCGUUCCUUCGACGAAAUGGUGCUCGAGUGUGCCGAGCUGAUGUCGAUCGUUCACUCCAAGCUGGCCAGGAUACGAUCAGGUGUGAUGUUGCCGGAUGAGGACACAAAGUGCUUGAUUAGGUGCGUCGGUAUUAGUGGACGGUUCUGGAAUGACCACACGGGACUGCGCAAGGAGCUUUUGGCUCGAUAUUUUGUGACCGAUCCAGCUGACGCUUACAAUGUGAACCGCACGGAAACUUGUUUGCAGGAGCUGCCUGAUCUAGAGUUAAAUCCUGAAAAGUGCUGUGGGUUAGCGUUUGAGUCCUUUCUGUGCUAUUACUACAACUAUGGAAACCUGCGGCAGGAUAGUGUGUUCGUGCCACUCGACCAUCUGCAGCUGCAGCAUGUGACAUCGCGUUGUAUGGAUGUGCAUCAGAUCACAACAGAGCAGCUCAUGAGCCUCAGUGAAGGGGCAAUGGACGCAAACGACAAAGUUCACUGUUUGGUGCGAUGCAUCGGACUCCAGACUGGUGUAUAUAGUGAUCGCGAAGGUGUCAGUAUCGAUCGGCUCUAUGCUCAGUACGGUGAAGGUCAUUGUGAGAAAGAGUUCAAAACACACGCUGUCGAAUGUAUCACUAAGCAUAGAGAACUUGCGUAUGGUAGUCCCUGCAAACGGGCGUACCAUUUGCUGUACAAGUGUUUCGAAGACGUGCGCAACGUUAUAUCGGCCUAUGAGUUACCAGAUUCGGAAGGAAAUUAAUAUCGGGAUAGGGUCAAGGCACACAAAAUUACCAGUACAACACAGAAAUUCCCGAAUGCAAGAACGUAGGAUCUCUACAAUACUUAUGUAUCAAAUCGUGCGAAUCGAGUUGGAGUACGUGAUUAGUUAAUCGAUUCCUAUGGCAUAUACUGAGAAUCGUAUUACAUCGGUUGGUUAGAGUGUAUGAAAAAGAGAAGGUAAAGUUUAAGACUAAAAUAAAAUUUGCAUGCCGUGAUCAGCAUAAAAUACUAAACAAUCAAUUGAGGGUAAUACAAGAAAGCAAAACGAAACGAAACAAAAAGAAAGUUUUCUAGGGCAAGAAUAAAAGUUCAAACUAGAAUAAUUAAACUUGUCUUGUAAAAAAUUGCAGUAUUUUCGACAGUAUUUUGCAGUGAGUAUCGUUAUACAUUACAAUCAAAACCAAUGAAUAAAAAUUAAAAUCAAAUUGAAAUUAUAUUUACAAUUCAAAAAUACAUUCAGGCUUCUUAUUUGGCGAUAUAACCAUAAUCAGUUUUGGCCUACCUACAAGGAAGCAAGGAAACUAGGAAACAAGAAUCAUUUCUUUACUUAGUUAUUUACAAAGUUUUGAGGAGAGAUGGAUAACCUGUAAAUUUGAAAUUUUUUAAAUCUUGUCGAUAGCAAUCGUCUGUAAUAUUAUUCUUUCAAAGUUAUUGCAAAUAACAGCAACUUACACGUUAUCUGAUGUUCAAGAACAUGUGUUAGACUUAAAAAAAACUGUUCAAGAAAUACAAAGAUUCUUCUCUUGAUAAAUGAAACUAUGAAAUUAUGAAUUAUGAAACAUAAAUUAAAUGAAUUUUAA